AUGAGGCUCCCGCAGUGUCCAGCGCAACCGCUGGCCGUGACCAAGCUGAUCUACUGCUCCCGCACGGUGCCCGAGAUCGAGAAGUUGAGGCGCCAGCAGAGUUGGGGCAGGGGCAGGAGUGAGGGGGGCUGGGGGCACCCCGUGGCCGUGGCCGUGGUGGGGCGUAACGGGGCCUGCCGGCAGGUGAGCUUGCUGCGCUUCGGGAAGGAAGUGGACGGCAAGUGCCUGAGCCUGACGGCGUCGUAUGUGCGGGCGCAGCAUCAGCGGGACGGCACCACGCCCACCUGCCGCUUCUACGAGGAGUUUGAUGUGCACGGGCGCCAGACACCGCUGCCCUACGGUGUCUACAACCUGGACGACCUCAAGGGCUUCGGGCGGCAGAAGGGCUGGUGCCCCUACUUCCUUGCCCGCUACUCGAUCCUCCAUGCCAACAUCGUGGUGUACAGCUAUCACUACCUGCUGGACCCCAAGAUUGCUGACCUGGUCUCCAAGGAGCUGGCCAAGAAGUCUGUGGUCGUCUUUGAUGAGGCCCAUAACAUCGACAACGUUUGCAUUGAUUCCAUGGGUGUGAACAUCACGCGCCGCACGCUGGACCGGUGCCAGGCCAACAUGACCACACUCCAGAGCACUAUCCACAGGAUCAAGGAGACGGAUGCACAGAAGCUGCGGGAUGAGUACCGGCGCCUGGUGGAGGGGCUCAGGGAAGCCAGCGUCGCCCGCGAGACUGACGUCUACCUGGCCAAUCCCGUGCUGCCCGACGAGAUUCUCCAGGAGGCGGUGCCCGGGACCAUCCGGACAGCGGAGCACUUCGUGGGCUUCCUGCGGCGUCUCCUGGAGUACCUGAAGGCACGACUGCGGGCGCAGCACAUGGUGCAGGAGAGCCCCCCUGCUUUUCUCAAGGACAUGCACGAGAAAGUCUGCAUCGAGCGCAAGCCUCUCCGGUUCUGCGCGGAGCGGCUGCGCUCCCUGCUGCGCACCCUGGAGAUCGUGGAUGUUGCUGACUUCUCGCCCCUCACACUCAUCGCCAACUUCGCCACCCUUGUCAGCACCUACUCCAAGGGCUUCACCAUUCUUAUUGAGCCCUUUGAUGACCGGACACCCACCAUCACCAACCCCGUGUUGCACUUCAGCUGCAUGGAUGCCUCCAUUGCCAUCAAGCCUGUCUUCGAGCGCUUCCAGUCGGUCAUCAUCACCUCAGGGACACUGUCUCCACUGGACAUCUACCCCAAGAUCCUGGAUUUCCGCCCUGUCACCAUGGCAACCUUUACCAUGACGCUGGCCAGGACCUGUCUCUGCCCCAUGAUCGUGGGGCGUGGCAACGACCAAGUGGCCAUCAGUUCCAAGUUUGAGACCCGUGAGGACAUCGCUGUCAUCCGCAACUAUGGCAACCUGCUGCUGGAGCUAUCAGCCAUUGUGCCCGACGGCAUUGUGGCUUUCUUCACUAGCUACCAGUACAUGGAGAACAUCGUGGCCUCGUGGUACGAGCAGGGCAUCCUAGAGAACAUCCAGCGGAACAAGCUGAUUUUCAUUGAGACGCAGGACGGGGCUGAGACCAGCAUGGCACUGGAGAAGUACCAGGAGGCCUGCGAGAAUGGACGCGGGGCCAUCCUGCUUUCUGUGGCCAGGGGCAAGGUGUCUGAGGGUAUUGACUUUGUGCACCACUACGGCCGUGCCGUUAUCAUGUUUGGGGUGCCCUACGUCUACACCCAGAGCCGCAUCCUCAAGGCACGGCUGGAAUACCUGCGGGACCAGUUCCAGAUACGGGAAAAUGACUUCCUGACCUUCGAUGCCAUGCGGCAUGCAGCCCAGUGUGUGGGCCGGGCUAUCCGCGGCAAGACCGACUACGGCCUCAUGGUCUUUGCUGACAAGCGCUACGCCCGGGCCGACAAGCGGGGGAAGCUGCCACGCUGGAUCCAGGAGCACAUCACCGAUGCCAACCUCAACCUAACAGUGGAUGAGGCCGUGCAGGUGGCCAAGUACUUCCUGCGCCAGAUGGCCCAGCCCUUUCAUAAGGAGGACCAGCUCGGCCUGUCCCUGCUGACACUGGAGCAGCUGCAGUCUGAGGAGACUCUGCGCCGUGUCGAGGAGAUCGCGCACCAGGCCUGAGCCCUGUCGGGGCCCAUAGGUGCCAGGUGCCCUGCAGGCAGGGCUGGUGCUUGGUCUGGACUGGACCAGGGGUGUCUGGGCUGGCAAUAAAGUGGUUUGUACCUGG